AUGUGGCUGUGCCCCCUGCUGCUCUGCCUGCCCCUGUCUCUGGCCCUGAGCGGCCAGCGUGAGCCCGAGGCCCCGGAAGAUGCUGGUGAACUGCACUGCGGGCCCGAGGGCCUCCAGUUCACUGUCCACCCCCUGGGCCAGGCCUUGGGGACCCCUCCCACGCUGAUAGCCUGGGACGACCACGGGCUGCUGCACCGGCUGCAGAACGACUCCGGCUGCGGCACCCGGGUGUCGGCCGGCCCGGGCAGCGCCCUGGUGCUGGAGGCGUCCUACGGCGGCUGCUACGUCACCGAGUGGGGUUCCCAGCACGUCAUGCCCGUGGGGCUCGAGCAGGCGGACACCGCCGGGCACCGGGCCGUGGCGACGGCCAAGCUGCUCAAGUGCCCCGUCGGCCUCCCAGGCCUCGACGCGCUGGGCGCUCACCUGUGCGACUCGGUCCCCGUGGGGGACAGGCUGCCCUGCGCCCCGGCUCCCGCCACUCCCCGGGCCUGCAAGGCGCUGGGCUGCUGCUACAACCCCAGCGGCAGGUACCUGCAGCUGAGCCUGGGGGAGGGCGAGCCCCUCCACCCCCACCCCUCACCCCCCAGGCUCCGCGUCAGCUGCACCUACCCUGUGAGCAGCAGCGUCCUCCCGGUCAACGUCCAGGUCUCCCUUCUCCCACCGCCCCUUCCCGAGACCCAGCCCGGGGCCCUCACCCUGGAGCUGCAGAUCGCGAAAGAUGGAAACUACAGCGCCUACUACCGCGAGGGUGACUACCCGGUGGUGAAGCUGCUCCGGGACCCCAUCUACGUGGAGGUCGCCCUCCGCCACAGGACCGACCCCGACCUGGGGCUGCUGCUGCAUCAGUGCUGGGCCACGCCCGGCCCCGACCCCGGGCAGCAGCCGCAGUGGGCGCUGCUGGUGAACGGAUGCCCCUACGCCGGAGACAACUACCGGACCCAGCUGAUCCCCGUCCCGGAGACCCAGAGCCUGCGAUUCCCUUCCCACGCCCAGCGGUUCAGCAUCUUCACCUUCAGCUUCGUGGACGCGGGGGCCGGACGGGCGCUCGGGGGGCCGGUGUUCCUGCACUGCAGCGUGUCCGUCUGCCAGCCUGCGGGGUCCCCGUCCUGCGUGGCCUGCCCUGUGACCAGGCGAAGGAGAAGCUCUGACGCCCAUGAUCCCAACAGCACCGCCUUCAUCUCAAGCCAGGGCCCCAUGAUCCUGCUCCAGGCCACGGAGGGCCCUUCCGGAAAGCUUCCUAAAUACUCAAGUGCUGCAGGAGACUCCGGGGCCCUGUGGGUGGCCGGCCUCUCCGGGACCGUCGUUGUGGGAGUCUUGGGCCUGACCUACCUGGCUGUCAAGAAAUGGAGCUGA